GGCACAGCGGAGCCCGCGGAGCGGCGGCGCCGGCCCGGGAGGCGCUGCCCGGCCGAGCCGGCGGCUGCCCGCGGCGGCCGGACAUGCCCGCGCCCGGCGCGCCGACCCGCACCUCGCAGUGAGCGGCCCACGGCACCAUGGUCAGCAAGGACUCGGGCCGGUGCCCCCUGUCGGCGGCGGAGAGCGAGCUGGAGCCCGCCGCCUGCCUGGCGCUGGAGCUGAGGUACGCGCUGGACCCGGACCGGCAGAUCAAGAAGCGGAACAAGGCCCUGCAGGUGCGCUUCAAGGACAUCUGCGAGGCGCAGAGCGAGCAGCGGGGCGCGCCGGUGCCCGCGGGCGAGCGGCGCGAGGCCAAGCCGGUGUCCCAGCGCGCGGCGUACCGCAAGUACAUGACGGUGCCCGCGCGGCGCUCCAUCCCCAACGUCACCCGGAGCACGGGCGUGCAGACGUCGCCCGACCUCAGGAAGUGCUACCAGACCUUCCCCCCGGAGCGCAGGCGGGGGGCGCUCAAGGGGCUGCCCGCCGCGGCCGAGGACUUCCCCGCCGAGCGCGAUGGCCUGGCCCCCGAGGCGCGAGCGGGCGACGCCCAGGCCCGGCCGUGGGGCGCGGGCCACGUCUACACCACCGCCGCCUUGGUGUUCCACUCCCAGGGCCACGCGGACACGCCGGACCCGGCCGCCGGGCUCAACUGUGCGGAGCCGGGCGCGCGGCCCGACGGGGGCGGCUGCCGGGACGCGCCCCUGGCCCACGCCGGCCCGUCCCCCGCGCACGGGCCGGCCAGACUGGACGGGGCCACCCCCGCGCCCGACAGGGAGGCCCCGGGCCCGGCCCCCGGCAGGGUCUUCAAGACGGAGGUGGCCGCGGUGUACGCCAAGCCCCCCGCGCCCGCCCUGGCCAACUCGGCGGCGGCCAGCGAGUGGUCCCUGUGCCCGGCGGCCGCCGAAGAGCCGCGGAGGGACACGCACGUCAACGGGGUGCAGGGGCCCCCGCGCCCGGCCGCUGCCUGCUCGCCGCCCCGGCACUGCCUGUCCCCGCCCUGGGGCGAGCGGCCCCCGCGGCCCGGCAGCCCCCCGCGGGAGGAGCCGCCGCCGGGCGCGUGCCGCGACAUCGUGCCUCAGACGGAAGUGGGGGACCUGAAGGCGCAGCUGCAGGUGAUGGAGAACCUGAUCUGCUCCAGCCAGGAGACCAUCAAGGUGCUGCUGGGCGUCAUCCAGGAGCUGGAGAAAGGGGAGGCCCACCGCGAGGGGCUCUCCUAUCGGACCGGGCAAGACACGGCCAACUGUGACACGUGCAGGAACAGCGCGUGCGUCAUCUACAGCGUGGAACUGGACUUCAAGCAGCAGGAAGACAAGCUGCAGCCGGUUCUGAGGAAGCUGCACCCCUUCGAGGACACUCAGGUCGCACCUCUGCCUUACUCCCCGGAGUCCGACUCCUCGACUCCCAAGCAAAAAUCCAAACCGGAAUCUAAAAAGCACGGAAGGUGGAAACUCUGGUUCCUCUGAAGCGCGUGGGGGGUCCCGGAGCCCCGAGGUGGUGGCGACGCCCACGGCGCAAAGGAAACCCCCCUCCCCACCAGGAGGACGGAGCGGACUGGCUGUCCCACGGCCCCCUACCAAAAAGGCCUUCGUCCUAGCGAGCGGGAACAGGAGCGAGGGCCGGGGGCGCCCUGCCGGCUGUUCCACGCCGUCCACAGACCCCCCACCCCCCACGGGAAUGGACGUCUGCAGUCGGAGAUGCUCCACCAACGCCCGGGCCCUGCGCCCCACCGGAGCCCGACGUCGCCGACAGCUCGGCUCCAGGACACAGGCGGCGAGCGGACGUGGCGGAAAUUCCUCCUUCUUUUCCAGCCUUGAUUAUUUAUUUUUUUUGUAACCAGAAGAAAACAAAGCAAGCCUUACGUUUGCGGAGGACUUCAUUUCUACGUUUCGGUUUGCAAAGGAGCAGGGCCGUGAGUGCAGUUUUCAGCACAUCCAAUUCCGGAGAAAGCACAAUUUUUCCCAGUGGCCGGAGACCAUGACGAAUCUCUCGAGACAGGACAGUGUAUUUGCCUUCGUGUGCAGCAGCGCUCAGCCACGUGGCUCGGCCACGGCGCCACGGCCCGCCACACCUCGCCCCCUCGCCCGCGCCCGAGCCACCCCGAGGUGUGUUCACUGUUCCCAAGUGGCCGGUGGCCGGCGGUCGGUCCCCUGAGCCGGGGGAUCCGCGGGUGGGCCUGGGAGGGUAGACAGGCAGCUUCCUUACAUCCCCUCGUGUCACCUCCGGACCCGUGACCCUCCGGACAAGCAGCGGGAAGCACAGAGACCCGGCAGGGGCAUCACGCGGCACCAGAAGUCCCGGACGCAUCCUGCCACGGGCCAGUGACUCCGAGGCUCGGUCUCCGACGUGCCCCACCGCCGCCACGGCACGGCUGCCGCUGGUCCACAGCACUCGGCUUCCCAACGCCCACACCAGCUGCCCGGCGCCCGGAGCCACGGCGCGGUUAGUUUAGCUGCUACCAACAGACCUAACGCCACCGCCAUGUAACCCCACCAGUGAGUUGUACUAAGUGACCUACCGAGGGGAAAGCUGUGAAUCAGACGUUUUUAGGUAUUUUUUUGGAAAAAAAAAAAAACCAACAAAAAAACCAAAAAAAAAAAAGUGACAUCCGAGUUCUCUUUUGAUUACACAUUGCAAUAUAAAUCUGAGUUCCUUUAUUUUUUCACUCAUUCCUUUACAAGUCUCUUUUUAUAGAAGCCCCAGCACCUCGCUCCCAGACAAACUGUCCAUUUCUCGUUUGCUUUCUCAAUCGGAAGUAGGGACCUUCAUUCCUGCCCUUUGGGGUACAACUUACACGUCCAAUAGUGUGUGAACACCGAACCCAAACGUGGUCGUCUUCGAUCUUCUGUGUCCCAUCCACACCCGCCCUGCUGUUCCCUCUCCGAUCCCAGCCCAGCUGCACAACUCGCUGAUCAGACGCCAGGGUCACGGGCCUCACCCUUGGGGGACGGUGUCUGCUCAGAUCGGACGUGUUUCUCGGCCCUCACUCUCUCCUGCCUCAAGAGCGAAUCUAUUUUAGUUCUGAGUGUUUUGAUUCCACAAGGACCUAAUGAUUAGCAAUCAGACGUGGACUUGGAAGAAGAAUGAAAAUAACAGAAGGUGCCGCGGUUCCGGGGGGAGCGGGAGCUGGGUGCAGGAGUCAGCGUUCCUGGACAGAAGCACACGCGCCCGCCUCUGCUGAGGGAACGCUCUCUCGAGACCAGAGGCCCGAGAACAGAGCGGAGAAGGCGGGGCGCCCGUGGCGAGCAGUGAGUGGCCUCACGCAGGACGGCGGUGGAGCGCGCGUUUCGUGCAGACUCGGGGUUCCAUACACGCAUUUUGUGUCUUUUAUACCGUUUUUAACUGAAGUCGUAAAAUGUCUGCCUCAGCUCACUCGCCCGUGUUCUGAGAAGCCGGGGCAUCCCGGUGAGCCCGAGGAAGGGUGUCAGCAACUCCCGGGCCCAGCGAUCUGUGUCAGCCAAGAGACAGUCCCCAGUGAGCAGCCACACCCACCGCCGGCUGAGCGCAGCCCUGCAGGACGGAAAGGCGGAAACGUCCACGUCCAGAGGAAGACUCGAGGCAGGAUCCCCGUUUCAAAGCAAAACUCUUCGGCGUCGGAACGACUGUUCUCCCGGCCAUCCCCCGGCUCCGGGGCGGCCUGUGUCCCCUACACGAGGAGUCUUCUCUCCGAUUUCUCUGACGACUUUGCUACAAGACCCAGGUGGAAGCCCCGUGUCCCCCUCCGUAGACGCAGACAUGACAUUACCUAUAGAGAUGACGUUACUAUCCUUGUCACUAAGUUCUUUAUUAAUUUUUAAAUAAAAGUCAAAGGUCACCUUC